ACGCCAAUCACCUGAUGGCACAUCACCACCAGUAACUAGCGCUAUACUUCAGAGAUGCAAUUCAGUACAAUCAGAGCUCCGUGCUUACAUUGCUGGACCUCUCUAAAGCCUUUACCACAAUGGACCACAAGUUACUGCUAACCCAGUUACAUGCCGUAUCGGGAAUAGAUGGCCCAGCACUACAGUGGCUCCACUUGUACUUCUCUAGCAGAACUUGGAGACUGGUGAUGAGUUUCUCAAACAGUUAGGUAUACAUCCUGACUGGCAAUUUGUAGAUGUGUAUGGUAUGGAUCCAGAACUACUUAGCAUGGUGCCAAGACCUGUCUGUGCAGUGCUACUUCUCUUCCCAGUAACAGAAAAGUAUGAAACAUUCAGAACAGAAGAGGAAGAGAGAAUAAAAGCCCAGGGACAAAAUGUCAGAUCAUCAGUAUAUUUCAUGAAGCAAACCAUCAACAAUGCUUGUGGAACAAUUGGACUUAUUCAUGCUAUUGCAAACAACAGAGAGAAAAUGAACUUCGAAUCAGAUUCUACACUGAAAAAAUUCCUGGAGGAUUCGUUACCUAUGAGUCCUGAAGAGAGAGCCAAAUAUUUAGAAACCUAUGAAGCUAUUCGUGUUACUCAUGAAUCCAGUGCCCAUGAAGGUCAGACUGAGGCACCAAGCAUAGAUGAAAAAGUAGAUCUUCACUUUAUUGCGUUAGUUAACGUAGGCGGUCAUCUCUAUGAAUUAGAUGGGCGCAAACCUUUUCCAAUAAACCAUGGACAAACUAGUGAUGACACUUUUUUAGAGGCUGCAGUAGAAGUUUGCAAGAAGUUCAUGGAACGUGACCCAGAAGAAUUAAGAUUUAAUGCAAUUGCUCUGUCUGCAGCUUAAUUAUCCCAUUUGGAAAAGCUGCACCACUAAUAUAUUGUAACAAAAUAAAAAUAUUGCCAUAUAUUAUGUAUGACUUUUGAUACUUUCACUAACAUGUUGAUAAAUUUGAGCAUAUGUGGAUUAAAUCUUGAAUUAGUCUUUACUGC